AUGACCUCGGGCAGCAAAUGGUCAACAGACUUCGAGACUGUCCGACGAGAGAAGAUCUUUCGGAAUCCUCCCAGCAAGAAGACUGCAUUCCCGACUCUAGCAGAAACGAUCAAACCUCAUGUCGACUCUUUCAACACCAUCUUCGCGCUAGAAGGUCAACUCCACCAUGCACUCAAAGAUAUCGGCACACGGACAUUCCUCGACGGCAAUCCUCUCGGAGAGCACGAUAGUCCUCGUAACCGUCUACAGGUGCGUGUCAAGGAGGUAUUUCUAGAAAAGAGCCUGCUGCCAUCGUCCAACAAGGUCGAAGCAUUGAAGAGAGAAAUUCUCCCCGUCGAGUGCCGAGAGAGGCAUGUCACAUACCGAGGACGCUUCCGAGGUCGAGUCGAGUACCGGGUCAACGACGGCCCGUGGAAAGAGUCGGUGCGAGAAUUUGGUCAUGUCCCGAUCAUGCUGCGUUCAAAUCGAUGUCACCUUGAAGGGUUGCCUCCGAAAGAGCUUGUGGACCGAAGAGAAGAGUCGGAUGAAUUGGGUGGAUACUUCAUCGUCAACGGUAUCGAGAAGUUGAUCCGAAUGUUAAUUGUCAAUCGCCGGAAUUUCCCCAUGGCCAUCAUUCGACCGUCGUUCGAGAAUCGAGGGGCUACAUACACCAAAUUCGGUAUCCAGAUUCGAUCAGUCCGUCCAGAUCAGACUUCUCAAACAAACGUUUUACAUUACCUUUCCGACGGUAACGUCAUCUUCCGAUUCUCAUGGCGCAAGAAUGAAUUUCUCGUUCCGGUAUUGAUGAUCAUCAAAGCUCUCGUUGAAACCAAUGAUCGGGAGAUCUUCGAGUCCAUCGUGGGACCCGCGAAGAGCAAGGGAUUGGACACAAAGCAAUUCGUCUCGGAUCGGGUAGAGCUGCUGCUCAGAACAUACAAAGCAUACAACAUCCAGUCACGAGCGAAGUCACGAGCAUACCUAGGUUCGAAGUUUCGCGUCGUGCUCUCGGUGCCCGAGGACAUGAGCGACGAUGAGGCCGGAACCGAAUUCCUUCGCAAAAUCGUGCUGCCUCAUCUCGGCAAUUGCAAUGUCAGCGAGGCACAGGACGUGGACAAGUCCAGGAUGAUUCUCUUCAUGAUUCGCAAACUAUACUCUCUAGUCGAGGGCGAAUGCACCAUCGACAACCCAGAUGCUGUCCAGAAUCAGGAGAUUCUACUUCCAGGUUUCUUGUUUGGAAUGAUCAUCAAGGAGCGCAUCGACGAGUGGCUUGGUACAGUCGGUCUUGGUCUGCGGGAAUGGGGUCGUGAUAAUGCCUGGCAGCCGUUUACAAGUCACGAGUUUGAAAAGACAUUCAUGACGAAAGUUCUGCGCAGGACAAACGAGAAUCUCGGUCAAGCAUUAGAGUACUUCCUCUCGACAGGAAAUCUCGUCAGUCCUUCUGGUUUAGACUUGCAACAAACUUCUGGUUUUACGGUGGUGGCCGAAAAGAUCAACUUCUAUCGAUUCAUCAGUCACUUCCGCAUGGUGCAUCGAGGUAGUUUCUUCGCGCAGUUGAAGACGACGACGGUCCGAAAGCUACUGCCUGAGAGUUGGGGAUUCUUGUGUCCGGUGCACACUCCCGACGGUUCGCCCUGUGGUCUGCUGAAUCACUUGGCGCAUAAGUGCAAGAUUGAGACCUCAAGUGUCGACGUAUCGAAGAUUCCAGCUCUCAUCUCACAGAUCGGCAUCUCGCCUACGUCUGGCGCAAUCCUGGAAGACAGCGUGGUCGUACAGCUCGAUGGUCGCGUGCUUGGGUUCUGCUCGCCGAAACAGGCCAAAGUCAUUAGCGACUCGUUGAGAUACUGGAAAGUCGAAGGGACCCACGACGUUCCGAUCGAACUCGAAAUUGGCAAUAUUCCUUUGUCAAGCGGUGGCCAAUAUCCUGGUGUCUACUUGUUCUCGGGACCUGCACGAAUGAUUCGACCUGUCAAAUACCUUCCUCUCGAGAAGCUCGACUAUGUUGGGCCAUUCGAACAGCCAUUCAUGUCAAUCGCCUGCACAGAACCCGAAAUUUCAUCCGGCGAUUCAACGCAUGUGGAAUUUGAUGUUACGAACAUCCUAUCCAUCCUUGCGAACCAGACGCCAUUUUCGAACUUCAACCAGUCACCCCGAAACAUGUACCAGUGCCAGAUGGCCAAACAGACCAUGGGAACGCCAGGAACCGCUUUGAAAUACCGCACGGACAACAAAACCUAUCGACUACAGACAGGUCAAACUCCCGUCGUCAGGACUCCCAAGUACAUGGACUACGGUCUCGAUAACUUCCCUAAUGGUACCAACGCGGUCGUUGCCGUUAUCUCAUAUACUGGUUACGACAUGGACGACGCUAUGAUCAUCAACAAGUCAGCACACGAGCGAGGAUUCGGGUUUGGAACGAUUUACAAGACCAAGAAGAUCAACCUCGCUGAGGAAAACAAAACUCGCAAAGGCGGUGUCACACAUAUGUUUGGCUUUGCUCCGAAUUCGAUUGUGAAAGCGCAAUGGCGGGAAACACUCGAUGACGAUGGUCUCGCAGUCUCCGGCGUCAAGAUCAAAGACGGUUCGAUCAUCGCUGCAUCAUACACAGUCGUCAAGGAUCCUCAAACAGGCGAGUACGUCAACCAGGACGGCAUUACGCAUCUCCACAAGUAUAAGGAUCAGGAACAGGCAUACGUCGAGGAGAUCAAAUUGAUCGGUAACGAAAACGGCAACAACGAUCCCUGUCAAGCCGUCAGCAUCCGUCUCCGCAUCCCGCGUUCACCCGUCAUCGGCGACAAGUUCUCCUCCCGUCACGGACAGAAAGGUGUCUGUUCUCAAAAAUGGCCCACCAUCGACAUGCCCUUCACCGAAAGCGGCAUGCAACCCGACGUCAUCAUCAACCCACACGCCUUCCCUUCCCGCAUGACCAUCGGCAUGUUCGUCGAAUCCAUGGCCGGCAAAUCCGGCGCCUGCCACGGCUUCGCCCAGGACUCGACGCCCUUCCAGUUCAAAGACAAGCAAGGCGAGACGGCGGUCGAAUACUUCGGCCACCAGCUCGUGCGCGCGGGAUACAACUACUAUGGCAACGAGCCCAUGUACUCGGGCAUCACCGGCGAGGAGCUGGCCGCGGACAUCUACAUCGGCGUCGUCUACUACCAGCGCCUCCGGCACAUGGUUAACGACAAGUUCCAGGUCCGCACCACCGGCCCCGUCACCCCGCUCACCGGCCAGCCCAUCAAGGGCCGUUCCAAGGGCGGAGGAAUCCGCGUCGGAGAGAUGGAACGCGACGCCCUCCUCGCGCACGGCACCGCCUUCCUCCUGCAGGACCGCCUGAUGAACUGCUCCGACUACACCAAAGCGAGCAUCUGCAAGGCCUGCGGCUCGUUCUUAUCCGUCCAGCCUAGCGCGGGCUCCUACGCGAGCCGUCGGGACGGCGGCCGGGUCCGCUGCAGGAGGUGCUCGCGCAAGGCCCUCUCGAGCGAUCCGAGGAGCGCCUGCUGGGAGGACUAUUCGGGCGCCAAGUGGUUCGGCGGAGACGAUGUCACGCUCGUGGCGAUCCCGGGCGUGUUGAAGUAUUUGGAUGUCGAGUUGGCGGCGAUGGGGAUCCGGUUGAAUUUCAAGGUCGGCCCGUGA